CCCGCUUGGCACGAAGUAGUAAAGAUGGCUGGGGCCGGGGAAGAGGACAAGGAGCUGGAUGAGCUGCUGGACAGUGCCCUUGAUGAUUUUGAGAAGACUAACCAACCUCCCCAAGCCUCAAACACAGCUACAACAGCUUCUGGGCCUGAGAAACCUUCUGGAGAUGCUGCCAAGGACGCCCUCUUCACGUCCCAAGAACAGUUCUUCCAAGAGUUGUUCAGCACUGAGCUGGCAGCCCAGGCCACACAGGAGUUUGAGAAGGCCAUGAAGGAGCUGGCAGAGGAAGAGCCUCACUUGGUGGAACAGUUCCAGAAACUCUCGGAGGCUGCAGGGAAAGUUGGAAGUGAUGAGACGUCACAGCAAGAAUUUACUUCCUGCCUGAAAGAGACACUCUCAGGUCUAGCCAAGAAUGCAGACGAAUUGCAGAACUCCAGCCUAUCGGAGGAAGAGCUGGCCAAGACAAUGGAGGGUUUGGGGAUGGACGAUGGUGAAGGGGAUGGAAACAUCCUGCCUCUCAUGCAGAACAUUAUGCAGAAUCUCCUCUCCAAGGAAGUCUUGUAUCCGUCCCUCAAAGAGAUCACAGAAAAGUACCCAGAGUGGCUGAGGACUCACCGGGACUCCCUGCCAGCUGAGGAAUACAACAAAUAUCAGGAGCAGCACAUCCUCAUGGGGAAGAUUUGCCAGCAGUUUGAGUUGGAGCAGCCCGGCAUUGAGGCAGCGAGGUUCGAAGCAGUGAUGGAUCUGAUGCAGCAGCUUCAGGAACUAGGGCACCCGCCUAAGGAACUGGCAGGAGAUUCUCCUCCAGGCAUGAACUUUGACCUCGAUGGGGUAAAUUUGGCCGGUCCAGGAAGCGGCAAUGGGGAACAGUGCCUGAUCAUGUGACACCUGACUCAAGCAUGAUUGGUCACCUUUAUCUUUUUAAUUCUAUUCCUGGACAAUAGUGGGGGUAUGGGGAGAUGGUGAAGUGGAGAGGUCGCCGGUGGAAGGAAGCUCAGCGGGUUCCUACAGAACCUUACGGCAAGAUACAACCCCCGUGACCUCCAGCGCCUCCCCCUGGUAGAACAGCACAUUCUGGGGCUGCCUUAUUUUACUUACUAACAGGAAACUAAGGACAAGUUAAACGAUCCGUAAUGAGGUCACAGCUGUGUGCGUAACAGAUUAUAACGGCAUGUAGCAUAACCUCUUUUUAACAACAAAGCAAUCACCUUUAUAGACUCUCAACAUGGCGGCAGUUCUCUUCCACAUGGACACUGGCGGCACGAGCAGGAUCAUCCGUCCUAAUUGGAUUGCGUCGUGUAGGGACUGCGGUCAGGCAUGGGCCGUGCAAGAUUCUGAUGUGCAAAACUUCAAAUAAAAUGAAAUCAAUUUAACUAAA